GGCGGUGAUGAAGAGGAGGAGCAGCUGGUCUCGGUUCAAUCUGUCGCAACGUUUUCUUCUCUUUGUUUCACAUGAAAAGUUCUGAUGAGCAAACUGGCCGCGUCACACGGGACUAGAACCGGAUCAGUACCGGAUUAGACCCGGGUGGGAACUGGGAGCAGCAGGACCAGGACCAGGACCCGGAGCAGCAGGACCCGGAGCCGGAGCAGGGAGGAGGACUUUUCUGGGAGUUUGGAUCAGGAUCAGGAUCCAGAUCAUGGGUCAAUAGGACGCACGGAUUUAUUGGUAACUUAUGGUCUCCAUGGAGACGAGAGUUUUUCCCGCCAGAUGAGAAGCGGACCUCAGUGACUCGACUCUCUGGCUGUUGAUCGACAUCGAGUCUGAAUCCAUCGGCGGGAUGGGCGCGCUCCUUCUGCUGCUGCCGCUCGCGCUCUGGACCUGCGGACACGCCAAGAGCGCGUUCCCGCUGCGACCCUCCUACAGCCUGUACACCGGCGGGCACGCGCACGGGGGCCGCGCCACCAGCAGACACAGGAACUGGUGUGCGUUUGUGGUGACAAAGACGGUGAGUUGUGUGGUCGAGGACGGAGUAGAAACCUACGUGAAGCCCGAUUAUCAUCCCUGCAGCUGGGGGAGUGGACAGUGCAGCCGGGUGGUGGUCUACCGGACCUACAUGAGGCCGCGCUACAAGGUGGCCUACAAGAUGGUGACGCAGAUGGAGUGGAAGUGUUGCCAGGGUUACAGCGGACAGGACUGCGCUGACGGUCCAGUCGGCGGAGCGGGACCCCAGGGCGCCACCACCAGACCGCAACCCAGACCGGAACAGGGCGGAGGGAUUGGCCACGGAGGAGGAGGAGGAGGAGGAGGAGGAGCUGGAGGAGCAGGAGGAGCAGGAGGAGGAGGAGCCGGAGGAGCAGGAGGAGGAGGAGGAGGAGGAGGAGGUUAUGGUCCGGGAGGCGGCGGGUCGGGAUCGGGACAGAGCGGAGGACACGGUGGAGGGAGAGCUGAGAGUGAGAAGAUGAGGCAGCUGGAGGAGAAGAUCCAGAGUCUGACCAGGAGCGUCCAGGACCUGCAGUCCAGCCUGAACACCAUGAACGAACGCCUGCAGCAGGAGUCCAGCGCUCCGGGCUCGGGCGGAGCAGGAAGCUCGUCGGGAGGACGGAAUCCCGCCGACGCGGCUCAGCCGGAGAUUAAAGAGACAAUCCACAGCAUCCAGACCAAACUGGACCAACUGGACAACCGCACUCAGGCUCAUGAUAAAACCCUGGUCAGCAUCAACAACCACCUGGUGAAUGGGAAAGGGAACACGCUGGAGGGAGGUUCGUCCGGAGGAGCAGCGAGCGGAGGCAGGGUCAACCUGCUGAAGGAGGAGAUCCUGCAGGAGCUGGAGAGGAGAGUGUCCUUGUCCUGCUCCUCUUGUCAGGCCGGCGUGGAGGAUCUGCGCCAGCAGCAGCAGGAAGACCGAGAGACGAUUCGCGCUCUGGAGAAGCAGCUGAGCGCCCUGGACGUUCGGCAUCGGCAGGGCCUGGAUGGGCUGCGGCGGGAUGUGCUGCGUUUACAGGGAUGCUGCAAUGUAGUCGACGACCUCCAGAACCGCGUCACCGAUGCUGAGCGCAAGAUCAGCUCGGCAUCGGAGAACUUCGAUGUUCUCCAGAACCGCCUGGACAAGGAGCUCAGCGGUGCAGGAGGCGGCGGCAACGGUCAGAGCAGUGGGACGAGAACAGGAGGAGGAGGAGGAGGAGGUUUCGGCGCCAGCGGCGGAGCUGGAAGGGAUGCCGUGGUGACGGAGGACGUGUUGGAGAAUCGGCUGAGGGACCUGGAGCGGCGGGUCAACGACACAGUGCAGCGAACCGAGCAGAGCUGCUCACAUCUGGAGAACGACCUGAAACUCUACUUCCACAAAGAACAGGGCGACCUGAGGACCGUGUUCCUGGACCGCUUCGAUGACCAGGCCUUCAGGAUUUCAGAUGUGGAGCUGGAUCUGGGGCUGGUGAAGAACAGGGUGAGCGACCAUGACGAGAGGCUGUCAAAGCUGGAAAACAACACCUCCCUCACAAAUCUGAGGCUGGAGAAGUGCGGCUGUGGAGGAUUAUCUGGGACAGGAGGAGAAAAUACAACAGAGAAAUCCCUAGCGUGGAGAGUGGUGGCCAACGAGGAUCAGAUCCAACAUUUUAACACUCGACUCAAAGACCUGUCGGUGUCCGGAGAUUCUCUGCACGACAAGGUGUUGGACCUGAGCCACGACGUCCGGAAGAUCAAGGCUCUGACGGGAGAUCACGGCGAACACUUUAACCGAAUCGUGACGGAGGUGGAGAUGCUGGGGCAGGACUGCGACCUGUGCAGGAAGAUGGAGGACGAGUUGCGGAGGCUGAAGAACCAGUCCCAGGAUGCACUUGGGCGCAUGCAGAGCCACAUCAACAGACUCCAGAUCAGACUGGACUCGGAGAAAGACGGCUGCGUCCAGAUCUGUACACACCUGCAGGAUGAAGUCGGCCUGCUGCGAGAUGAUGUCAGGAGGUGUAACAGCCAAUGCAAGAUCGGCCCUGACACGCCCAAAGGGGGUGGUUCUGUCGGUUCUGGUGGUUCUGGUGGUUCUGGUGGCACCAGCGACAGCGGGCUGGACUCUGCGAAGCCUCUGGACGGCCACAGUGUGAUCGGAGGCUCCAUCAGCAACAACCAGCUGAAGACGCUGCAGGGCGAACUGUCCGAGGUCAUCCUCACUUUCAGCUCCAUCAACGACACCCUGAAGGGGCUGGAACACACGAUGCAGAAACACGGCAGCGUCAUCACUGACCUCGGAAAUACGAAGGACAAAAUCAUCUCGGAGCUGGACAAAAUCCAGCUGGAGGUGACGGAGCACAUCGAGGAGAGCCGCGACCGUCUGGACGGGGUGGACCGCGGCGUCCGGCGGUUCGAGAGCACGCUGCUGGUGGAGAUGGGAGACUGCAAGCGGUCCGGAGACGGGCUGGAGAAGAGGCUGUCGAAGCUCGAAGGCGUCUGCGGGCGGCUGGACGGGGUCUCCGACUCCAUCCACAAGAUCAAGGAAGGACUGAAUCGACACGUGACAAGUCUGUGGACGUGCGUCUCUGGUCUGAACGACUCGGUCGUCCAUCACGGAGGAAUCCUGGACUUCAUUCAGAAGAACCAGGACGACGUCCACAGCAGGAUGAAGAACCUGAAUUCGAGCGUGACCCACAUCCUCAAAGAUCUUCAGAGCUUCUCUGAGCACGACCCGACCGGCCUGCCAGGACCUCCAGGGCCGCCAGGAGAAAGAGGGUUCAAUGGGCUGCCAGGUAUCCGGGGGCCCACCGGAUCUCCAGGACGACAAGGACUAAAUGGAGCCCGAGGUCUUCCAGGUCCCAAAGGUGAAACAGGUCUGCCUGGUGCUGAUGCUCACGUUCCCAGACUGUCCUUCUCCGCUGCCCUCACCGUCCCGAUGGACAGAGCCGGAACCAUCGUCUUCGACAAGCUCUUUGUCAACGAGGGAGAAUUUUACGACCCACGAACAGGUAUCUUCACCGCUCCCGUAGAUGGACACUACUUCUUCAGCGCCAUCCUGACGGGUCACAAGCACGAGAAGAUCGAGGCGGUGUUGUCCAAGUCCAACUACGGGAUGGCCCGCGUGGACUCGGGGGGCUACCAGCCCGAGGGCCUGGAGAACAACCCGGUGGCCGAGGCCAAGACCAGCGCAGGCUCUCUGGCCGUCUUCAACAUCAUCCUGCCGCUGCAGACGCGGGACACGGUCUGCAUCGACCUGGUGAUGGGCAAACUGGCCCACUCCGUGGAGCCGCUCACCAUCUUCAGCGGCACGCUGCUGUACGAGGACAUGUGACGGGUUCGACCCUGACUGCUGCCGAACAAUGACCCUAUGAACCUGAAACUAAACGGAAGAGGAAGUGUGCGUGACGUUGCGUCGCCGUUCGCUGUGAUGACAGAAUUAUUUUUUAACGUGAACCGUCGGUUCUCCGACUGUUUGACUGGCUUUAUCUAAUCGUGCUAUUGAGUCGCUAUGACGACAGCAGGAGUCUGACUGCUUUAAUUACAAUCACCUGAUGUGAUGUGGUCACAUGACCCGACCUCAGAGCAGCACUGUGAGGACACGUCCGGGGGAAACCAGGACCAGCUGACGCUCCUCGAGACUUUUUAAUAACACGUGAGCUUGUGUGGUGAAGAGUUACAGUAUGUAACUGUCUGUGGUGAUAUUGGCCCCCCCUACAGGCAGCAGAGGUCAUUACAGCCACUUCAUGCCCCCCCCUACAGGCAGCAGAGGUCAUCACAGCCACUACAUGCCCCCCUACAGGCAGCAGAGGUCAUCACAGCCACUACAUGCCCCCCCUACAGGCAGCAGAGGUCAUCACAGCCACUACAUGCCCCCCUACAGGCAGCAAAGCUCAUUACAGCCACUUCAUGACCCCCCCUACAGGCAGCAGAGCUCAUUACAGCCACUUCAUGACACCCCCCCCCCCCUACAGGCAGCAGAGCUCAUUACAGCCACUUAAUGACACCCCCCCCCC